AUGCCAGAGAGGGGAAGCGGAAGCGCCAGAGAGGGGAAGAGGGAGCGCCAGAGAAGAGAAGCGGGAGCGCCAGAGAGGAGAAGCGGGAGCGCCAGAGAGGAGAAGCGGGAGCGCCAGAGAGGAGAAGCGGAAGCGCCAGAGAGGGGAAGCGGGAGCGCCAGAGAGGAGAAGCGGGAGCGCCAGAGAGGAGAAGCGGGAGCGCCAGAGAGGAGAAGCGGGAGCGCCAGAGAGGAGAAGCGGAAGCGCCAGAGAGGGAAAGCGGGAGCGCCAGAGAGGAGAAGCGGGAGCGCCAGAGAGGAGAAGCGGGAGCGCCAGAGAGGAGAAGCGGGAGCGCCAGAGAGCAGAAGCGGGCGCGCCAGAGAGGGGAAGAGGGAGCAGGUGUGA